AUGUCCUCGUUCUCAGAUAACCAGCAACCAUCGUCAUCUCAGUUCUAUCCACCACAAUCAGCGCAGCCAUAUAAUUCAAUAUUUGGAGGUCCUAGCAGCGAUGCUGAUCCACCACCGUCUUCUCUGCCGGAGCCUAUCCGGAGAACUAGAGGAUCUCUAUUUGGUGGACCGAGCGGACUCGAUGUCAUUCCCGAGCAAAGAAAUGUCUCUGACUCCAUGGAUAUGGGUGGAUUUGAGGGCGAAGAGGAUGACUUUGACGUGAUCAUGCGCGAGAGGCCGUUAGACGCCUAUUAUGGCUCUGAUGGAGACAGCUUUCGAGGAAGUGAUGGAAGCAAAGGUGAAGAUGCCGUCGAGAGAAGGCCGGAAGCAGAGACCGGCCCUCGCUGGAAGGGCAAACAGCCGAUUCUCCCAUCUUCGCCCUUGGAGAUACGGACACGACCUGAACCAGCGGCCACGACAUAUGUACUUGACCGUGGCCUUGAUCUGCCAACGGGCGUGGAGCGCCCAAAUCGCUGGAAUGGAUAUCCUUCCACGUACAGGCGACUUAUCGCAGACGAACGGGGAGCCUACGAAGCAAUAGUUGCUAAUCGGGCUAGAGACCUUGCUGCUCAUCUAUAUAAUGCUUAUACUAUCCGCAAUAAACGUGAUCACACUCGAGGCACGUCUCAGGAUCCCCAAGAGCCUGAUGGACAAGAACGAAUUUUUCCACCUAGACGCUGGGUCGCAUGGCCGAGGCCUGCUGCCAAUGUACCGCGUCCCGAUGAGAUAAUCCACCGCCAGCUUGAUGGACCUGGCACACUACGAAUGCCACCUGAUUUGCGACCAAGCGCGGAACUGGAAGAGUCUAUCAUUGCAACUAUGAUGAAACAUGCUAAGCAGACCUUCAUGGCACGGGAAUCGGAUUUGGAAGAGGUGAGGGUCAAUCGUGUGAGGAGGGACGGUACCCCGGACAAUAUGAAAGAUGAAGACAUGAAAGAUUCCGAGGAUGAGAAGGGUGAAGAUCCCAAGCCAGAUGCAGUGCCGCUUCAACCGGUCGUCCAGGCCGAUGACGGUGUAUCGAGACAGCAACUACGUCCACUAUCUCGAAACAUAAUCGCCCAGGUCGACCGCCUUUUGAUGGGGUUACAUCAUUCUGUGAAGAGUCGCUUUCACGACGCCGACUCCGGUAGCGAGUCCGACGAUACAGGCUACUCUGAGACAUCCCGCUCACGAUCUAGACAGGUGAGCGGAGGCAGAAGCCGGUCGCGUGGCCGUAAGCGGGCCCGUCGGCUCUCGACUCAUUCGCAAAAUUCAAGCCAUCGGUCUAAAAGCGUUCGAUCCUCAACUGCAGCCAGCACUCAGAACGGAAUUGUGCGGAGUACGUCACGAUCUCGUGGGAGGUCUCGAACCUCUAGAGGCAGUGGUGAACUUUCCACGAUGAGAUACAAGCUUGGGCUUCGCGACUGGAGCGAGGUCAUGGGCAUUGCUGCAAUGACGGAUCUUCCAAAUGCAGCGGUAAUGCGUGCUUCAAAGCGAUGUGCCGACCUCUUUGGAGAAGACAUGACAUUCCGGACGUUCCACGAAGGCCGAUUCAAGAAAGUCUCUCGGCUAGAGGAAUCGUCUCGGUCUGGCUGGCAAUGGCAGUACUGCGAGAGCGAAUCCGACGCAGAGAUUCUACCUGAACCAGAACGGGCGAGCUCACCACCAGGUCCAGGACCAGCUCUUUCUCCGCGUAAACGCAAAUCACAGCCGAGGGUGCAAUCACGGUCGCAAUCACAACCACGGCGACAUCGCUCAACUUCAGCUGCCCUCCCGUCAUCUUCGACCAUCGCUGUCGUGAUUCAAAGCCCCGGUCUUGUUCCUGUCGCUGUUCCUGAGAGCCAGACUGGUUCCGGGACCCAAUCCGCACCCCCUCAAGCGUCACAAGCACAACAAGCGCCUAAAGGCAAGGGUGAACAUCGUAAAGCUGAUCUUAUCUGCCCGAUUAAACGAUGCUCGCGGCAUACAAAGGGAUUCUCACGGACAUGGAAUCUUAAUUUGCAUAUGAAGCGGGUGCAUCCAGGGUAUACACCUGUGGAAGGCGAGCGAUCUCGGUCUCAGAGUACGCCUGGAGGUGUCGAACUGAUUGAGAUUGACUAG